AUGGGAUCUAUCUUGCUGCCUCACCUGAACACGGGCUGGCACGUGGACCAGGCCAUCUUAUCGGAGGAGGAUCGACUCGUUGUCAUUCGAUUCGGCCGAGACCACGACCUCGAAUGCAUGAAAAUGGACGACCAUCUGUACUCGGUGGCGGAAAAGAUCAGAAACUUCGCGGCCGUCUACGUGUGCGACAUUGACCAGGUGCCCGAGUUCAACCAGAUGUACGAGCUGUAUGACCCAGUAUCGGUCAUGUUUUUCUACCGAAACAAACACAUCAUGUGCGACUUUGGCACCGGAGAUAACAACAAGUUGAACUGGGUAUUGGAGGACAAGCAGGAGCUCAUUGACAUCAUCGAAACAGUCUAUCGUGGAGCAAGUAAAGGUAAGGGUCUGGUGGUCAGUCCCAAGGACUAUAGUACCAAACACAAGUUUUAG